GAUGAUUUUUUGUGAUUACAAAUUUUGUCAUUUAUCUUUCAUCUUUUCACCAAAAAACACAAAGAAAAUAUAUAAUUACGAAUGACUUUUAGUAAAUACAAGGGGCAUGUAGUUGCACCUAAACGAGGCUACUUCCUUAGUUCCUUCCAAGUUCCAGGGCAACAAGAACACCACUACAACACCAUCAUAAACCUCAUAAACAACUCAUUCCCCUUAAACCCUCCAUAAUCACCAUUAUGCUACCUCUUCGACAACGCCUCUCCGCCUCCAUCUCCACCAUCCCACAUCUCCACCUCCUUCGCUUUCUCUCUUCCACCUCCGCAUCCACCUCACCUCCACCUCCCAUACCCCCUAACUCUCUCUCCUCCCUCCCAAACUCUUACAAAGUCACCCCUCCCAUCAAACCAUGGCCAAAACAUCUCUCCCCCAAACGCCUCAUCACCAUCAUCACACGCCAACAAAACCUCGACCUCGCCCUUCAAAUAUUCCACUUUGCCGGCAAAUUCCACCCCAAUUUCUCCCACACUUACGACACUUUCCUCUCCAUCAUCACCCGCCUCGCUCGUGCCCGCCAGUUUCGCCGUUGCGAAGCCCUUUUGGCUGAACUCCUCGAUUGCCACCUCAAAUGCGGCGAGCUCAUCUUUGUUACCCUUAUUCGGAACUACGGCCUCGCAUCUCGCCCCAGCGAUGCCGUUCGGACGUUUCUUAGGAUUCCCAAAUUCGAGGUGAAUCGGUCGGUACGUAGUUUAAAUUGUUUGUUGAAUGCUCUUGUUCAGAAUAAGAAAUUUGAUUGGGUGCAUUUGAUGUUUAAGAAUUGUAGGUCUGAGUUUAAUGUUAUUCCCAAUGUUUUUACCUGUAAUAUACUUGUUAAAGCAUUGUGUAAGAAGGGUGAUAUUGAGGGUGUGGUGAAAUUGAUGGAUGAUAUGCCGGGUAUGGGUAUGAUGCCAAAUGUGGUUACUUACACUACUCUUUUAAGUGGGUAUGUUUGGAAGAGGGAUUUAGUGGGUGCUAAGAAGGUUUUUCAGAUGAUUUUGGAUAAAGGGUGGGUGCCGGAUGCGACCACAUAUACGGUUUUGAUGGACGGGUAUUGUAAGAAUGGUAGGUUGAUCGAUGCGGUGAAGGUUAUGGAUGAUAUGGAGGAGAAUGGGGUUGAGCCGAAUGACAUUACUUAUGGGGUUAUGAUUGAAGCAUAUUGUAAGGAGAAGAAAUGUGGGGAGGCGUUGAGUUUACUUGGUGAUAUGUUAGAGAAGAGGUAUGUGCCAAGUCCUGCAUUAUGUUGUAAGGUGAUUGAUGUUUUGUGUGAGGAAGGGAAGGUGGAAGAUGCAUUGGUGUUAUGGAGGAAGCUUUUAAAGAAGAAUGUUACUCCUGAUAAUAUCAUAUCGAGUACGCUUAUUCAUUGGUUGUGUAAGGAGGGGAAGAUUGAGGAUGCGAGGAAGUUGUUUAAUGAGUUUGAAAAGAGUUCAGUUCCUGGUGUAUUGACUUAUAAUAUGUUGAUUGCAGGGUUGUGUGAGGCAGGGGAAUUGUGUGAUGCAGGAAGGUUGUGGGAUGAUAUGUUGGAGAAGGGAUGUACUCCUAAUGCUUUCACUUACAACAUGCUAAUUAAAGGGUUCUGUAAAAUUGGAAAUCCUAAAGAGGGGAUGAGAGCUUUAGAUGAGAUGUUUGAAAAAGGAUGUUUGCCUAAUGAAUCAACUUAUAAAAUAUUGAUUCAAGGACUAACUGAUUCAAAACUGGACACUGAAAUCAUGAACUUGCUCUCCAUUGUUGCUGACAAGGGAGAUAAAAUUGAUACUAGUUCAUGGAAAGUGCUUCUCAACCAUGCUCUUACUGAUGUUGAUACUGGGGAAGUCCUUGACAGUAUUCUACCGGGCGAUGUUAUGACAUGAAUCGUCAUGCAGCAUCCCAAUAUUGCAUGUUCUUGUCCAUUAAGAGUUGUAACCAGUUUUACCUAAUUUGCUAUCUAAUUCGCCUUUUGAAUUCGCCAAUUCGCCCAAAAUGAGCCAAAAAUGAACCAAAACCGAUCAUAAUUCGCUUUUCUCAAUUCGCGAUUCGCGAUUCGUGGGGGGAAUUAGGGAAUUAGGUAACAGUGGUUGUAACAAUUGUGUCACCUAUAUAGAGCAUCCUGCUGACUUUCUUUUUGGUGUACAGAUUUUGUCAUUUGCCUUUCAUCAUUUAAGUUUAUUAACAUCCUAUAGAGAGACAUCAAUUGUUUCUAUUUUGUAUCUUGUUGUGUAACACACUAAUACAGUUAGCAUACGCACUCAUAUAGUUAGCACUUAGCAGUGCCUGUAAUGAGGCUCUUGGUGAUGUUUAGUGGAUGAGAUAAUUAUAAAUGUUGUACUAUAUUGGAACACAAAUGUUGUAUAUUGAAAUUGAAAUUAAAUUUUCACCAUCUUAUAUACUUCUAGUUAAUAGUGAUGUUGAUUUCUUGAUUUUCA